CAGAAGAGUCCGUUUAUGAAGAAGAAGGUUGAAAAAAUGAAAGAAGAGAUAUCCCUUUCAGAACAAAUCAGAGCCUUAGAACAGGAGUUGGGAGCUGAAGACAACUUAGUCCUGCAGAGGUAUAAGGACACACCAUAUAGAGCCCAGUGCACACUGGGGGAUCCAGAGAAGGUCUCAGGAGUGCUGAUUGAUAUGGCCAAGCACUUGGGCAAUCUGAAGUACAGAGUGUGGGAGAAGAUGCUGGGGACUGUUCAAUACACUCCUGUGACUCCUGUGGAUCCAAACACAGCACAUUGUAAACUCUCACUGUCUGAGGAUCUGACCAGUGUGAGAGCUGUAGUCAGAGCCAGCAGGUUCCUGAUAAUCCAGAGCGAAUUUGUAGGUGGGACUGGGUGCUGGGCACUGAGGGAUUCAGCUCAGGGAGACACUGCUGGGAUGUAGAAGUAGGGGAUGAUAAAUGGUUGAUGGGUGUAGCUAAGGAGUCCUUCAGCAGGAAGAAGUUCACUGUGAGCCCAGCAGAAGGAGUGUGGAGUAUACGGCAGCACAAGGGUGAAUACAAAGAAUACAAAGCCACCUACAGUCCUCACUGUGCAGAGGAAACUCCAGAGGGUCAGAGUGCAGCUGGACUGGGACAGGGGGAGGUGUCAUUCUAUGACCCCAGUAACAACACUCCUCUCUACACUUUUAAACACUCCUUCACUGAGUGUGUGCUUCCAUUCUUCUCUCCUAAUUGUUCUGCAAAGAUUUGUCCACUUAAGGUGUCUGUAACAGUGGAAUAGCAUUGUGGAUUGUGGGAAAAGAUCAGGUUAAAAUGUUAACAUGCUCUCACAAUGUUUCUGUCAUAAACUGCUGUUGUUUUCCUUUGUCGACCUGUUCAAUGUCCAUUGCUCAGUAUGCCAGCGGUUUCUUUCUUUUUCAGGACAUUCCAAUUUGUUGUACAAGCUAUUUUCUAAGCUUCAAAAUGACUUUUCCAAAGACAGCUCUCUGGUAUUCAUUUUAAUAUAUAUUUUAUUCAUAGGCAAAACCCAAGGCUAAAACCAAGAGUAGACAUUCAGAACUAUUUAUUGUUUCACCAAGAAAACUGUCAGUCUGAUACAAAAGGUGAUGUUCUAAGUUGUUCAACAAAUCUAGAUAAAAUACCAGGAAAUAAAAGCUGAAAAUCGGA